CCGGAGGGGGAGGAGGGAGGUGUUUGCCGCCGCUGCCUCCCGCCACCGCGGGGACUCGGUGCCGGGCGGCUGCUGGCGGCGCCUCUCCCGUCCCGUCAGCGUCCCGUCCCGCACGGCGGCGGCGAUGUCCGGCGGGGGCAGCCGGCGGCGGGCCGGCACCUCCUGGCACAGCACCUUCUCCCGCUUCUUCCUCAGGAGCACCCCCGGCGAGGGGGCGGCGGCGCGGCCGGCGGGCGCGAACAGUUCUGAAAACAAAGGGAGUGAAGCCAUAAAUUUAAAGAGCAACCAAAAGGUUUGUCAAAAUGAAGAGAGGAACCAUUCCACAGAAGAACUUAGCAAGUCUGAAAUCCAGGAGGAGCUGAAAAAGGCUAAUAGCCUUCCUAGUUUGACUCCUGGAAUCAAAACACCAGAUAAAGACAAGCAACCCCGAGAAGGCUUUUUUCAUUUUCUUGGAAGCUUAUUUAAUAUUGCAACAAAAUCUUCUUUGGUAGAAUCUAAACCCGCCGCCUUCCAAGAUGAACCCAGCAGAUGUGAAAAGGAUUUACAGAACACAAAUACCCUUCUGGAGGACAUGCAGCCAAAGCAUCCAAAAAUUGAAGAGCCUCUUUGUUCUACAGCUAGAAUAGGAGAGGAUUCUGUAAAUAAAGAUGAUGCUGUCUUAAAUAAUAUUGGGAAAGAUAUCUCACAGGAUCAGCAAGGAGGCUGGAAAAGAUCUGCAGAUGCGCAACAGCAAAUGCAACGGAAGUCAGAAGCACCUGCAGUCACUUAUGCAACAUAUCGAGGUUCUGCAAGGAUUAGGCAGCUACUGAAGAAUCAGUCAGAAAUGAAUGAAAAAGGAGAAGAAAGUACUGAGAACAGAAAUGCUUCAGUGGUCAAAGAAAAUGGAGAAAUUCAAACUGUCUCUCCGAAAUCAGGACACUUGAUAAAAGAAAAUGGAGUUGAUGAGGGUAAAGAUCACAAAGAUGAUGCCAUAGUAAAGUCUUCUGCAGUUAAAAUGGGAAGGAAAAAGUCUGGUAAAGCUCAGCAUUGCUUGGGUAGCAGUAAACAUGAAAUAACUGCAAAGGCCACAACUUCAUCUACUGAAUCAUCUCAUGACAUAGACUUAAGACAUAUGGCUGCUUUAGCUGCAGCAAAAGUUAAAAGGACAUAUUCACUAGAUUCAUUAUUGUCAUCUAGUAAUGGAAACAGUGAGAUCCUAACCAAUUCCACUUCCCAGAUUACCAGUUCCCUUAAAAUGAGUUCUGCAGACAACUUGGUUGGAAGAGAAGAUGGACUGCUGGGAGAAGCAGAAGCUCUGUUUCAGGCAGACAAAAAUGCCACGUCUAACUUCGAUAAAGAAAAUGAUUGUAGUAAAACAGCUAAUAAGGAGUCCACAAAAGAAACACAGGAUGAUUGUUUACAUUCACCCAAAUCAAAAAGUAAGACAGUUAAUGCAGAAUUACAGGUGAGUAAGGGAGAAUUUUGCUGUGAUCAUCAAAUGGAUAGUCACUCAGAGCUAACAUUGGAUGUCCAGAUGCUUCAUUCCAGUACCACUACAUUUCAGCAGCAAGCAGAUCAGCAUACAGGUAGUGCAGAUAAAAACAGUGAUCCAAGAAAAAGUGAUACACAGAAAAUUGUGGCAGCUGUAGAAAGAGAGCAAAAUCCACAGAACUUUCUUGCUACUGUUCUUUUACCUUUUAAUGAACAAAUACCCACUUCGCUUAACAUGGAGUCCAAAAGAGAAAAAUGUGUAGCCACAGGUAAUCUAAGUACUUCAGUGUCAUCUAUUAAAAAUGAUGAAGAUGUAGUCGUGGACAGGGGGACUUGUAAUGAAGAACUGAGUGAGUUAGGGAAACCAGUGCACGUACAAAAUAAUCACCAAUUAAUCCGUGUGGAGAAUUCUAAGGAUGCUGCCACACAGCAGACUGGUUUACCUUGUCCAGAAGCUCAGGCUGUGAAAACAAUGAAGGUUUUAUCUGAGGUUGCAGUGGAAAACCUUGCCGGUGUAUCGUCGUGCAUACAUGGAUGUGAAAGUGUGAAAUCUAACUUGGAUAAGCUGACAGUACCUCUCUCUGUAACUUAUGAGUUGUCUUUUGAAACUGGAGGCUGUUCCUCAGCUUCCCUUCAUCCUAGUUGCAAGUCCAAAAAUACAGGGAAAAGAGAAGUCCGUUUAAAAGAUGAGAGAGAGACGCUUUCUCGUCCUGAUCUUGAAUAUGAGAAGAACAAAUCCUUUGAGCCUGUAGAGAUGAGCCUCUCAGAAAACUCUAUUUCUGUCCACAACUGUGGUCCUGUUUGCCUUGAAACUGUUCAAGACUUUCCUGCCAAGGCAUUAGCUAUACUCACAGAAAAUAACGCAGCAAAGCCUGCACCUUGCCCUUUAAUCACCAUUGACAGGACAGACGAUCAUACUCCUGCUUCUAAAAUUGACAAGACUGGUAUGGCUGAGGUUGCUCUUGUUCCUUCUGAGUGUAAAGAUUGCGUCUUUGAACUUUCCUCUUACGUUUCUAAGUCACAAGAAAAAAAUCUGGAGGUUUCUCAUUCUGCCUUGAGAUAUGGAGGAGGACCUUUGACCAACCAUUCUGCUUUUAUCAGUGAAAAAGAUGUAGACAUAAUUUCUGAAUCUCUGCCUGUUUCUGAAGAUGGGUGUAUUAAUUUUUCUUCCAAGAAGGAAAACAGUAAUAUGCCUAGGCUAUCACCUACAGUACAUGAUUCUUCAUCUGACAACCAAGGAGAAAUGCUUUCUCCUGCCACUAACUCUGAAAAUGGCCAGACUGCUAGGUGGUUUGCUGCUUCUGAACAGGACAGCUUUAUUUUUCCAGCUGCUGCAUCUAGGAGAAUAAUCCCUGAGGACAGAAUGACCAAGGUGCCACUUUGCUCAGGAGACCUGAGCGCUUUGUGCCCAGCUGGUUCUCUGGAACCUGAGCUUACUCCAGCUACGCUUGAUGGCUCUGCUGCUGGAGUAGAUGUGGGGGGUGUUUGCAUCCCCAGGCCCACUUCACCUACCCUGGGAUCCAGAGAAGCCUCCGACCAUUCCAUUUCUGCCUUGGAAAUGUUGGGCAUUGCUCAGGGGAACAGUAAUUCUUCCAGUCACAGAGCUAGUGAUGGGGCAGAGGAGGCCUCAUCCACACAACAGGCUGACGGCAGUGUCUUGGCAGAGGCAAUGCCAUCACCCAUCUGUCCUUUGAAAUCUUUGGAAAUGACGUCCGAGUCAGCCUGUACUGAGAGCGUGUGCAAAAAUGCUGUGGAACACGUGAUUCUUGGUAACCGUGCUUCUGCUAUCUCAGAAGCCCCUUCUGUGACAGAUGAUGAAACAGCUGGUGCACCUACUCAAAUAGAGUCAAAUGAGCUCUGUUCUGAGGAAGUAUGGGAGGAUACCGAUACAAAGGGACAAGAACGUGCUAAAUUCCACAAUGGUGCUGUGUUUAAAAAAGCUGAGGAAAUAGUGGACUCAGUUUUACACUUGGCUGUAGAAGAAAUAAUAGCAAAACAAGCCAUUGGUGUCUGCCAGUUUUGUGGGAGUAAGGAUAGUUUAAUAAAUAUGGAUAUUCUAAAUGAUCAGAAAGCUGCAACUGUGCAGCUGGAAGCAGAAGAAAUCCAGUCAGCUGUGCAGUCAUUAAAACAUUUUAAUGAGAGCAGUGAAGAAGGCUCAUCUUCAUUUGCAGGAAAUGAAACAGUAGAUACAAAUAAUCAAGAUGAAAAGAUGCUAUCUUACAUCCCUGAGAAAAUUGACCUACAUAGUGCACUAACACUAAAAGCAAAAGAAACAGCUGAUGAAGUCAUUAACUCAGCCAAACAAAAACUGGCAUCUAAUCAGUGGCAAGGCAGUGAGAGUAAAAGGCCUUCUGAAAAGGUUGAGCCUAAACCUAAGGCUGAAACGCCAGAAAUUUUAAAAUUUGAUAUGAAGUUACCUGCCAAAACACAGGAACCAACAGAGAAGGAAACUUGGAGAGUAACAGUAAACUGUGAAAAGGCAGAUUGCUCAGGUCCUCCUUUGCUUCCAAAUAGUAUGGAAAAUGGCAUAGAUUGCUCAGGUCCUCCUUUGCUUCCAAAUAGUAUGGAAAAUGGCGUAGAUUGGCCCCAAAGAGGUGAAAAGAUACCAAAUAAUGCAUUUACAUGUCAAACAAAUGGAUUUCUACCCACUGGUAGUUCAGCAAGGCUAGAAUCAGAUCUUAGGACACCAGCAAGAGAGAGACAUGAUAGAAAGCUGUGUGAACAUCAGGCUGCAACAGAGAUGUGUGGCAAAGCUGGAGUAUCAGCAACUAGUAGAAAAUCUGAUGGAUCUUUACAUUUAAUACAUAGAGAUGCUACUGUGACUGAAGAGAUGCUUCUGUCAUUGCAGUUAAAACAUUCAUGUAAUAAUACAAAUAUGCCAGAAUGCACGUUGCUGCCAACUGUAAAUGUUAAUUUGUCAUCUUUUAUGCCUGGUGAAGAAUGUAUCGGCAUGCAGAGUGAAUCCAAAGACAAAAGCAGUCCUUGGGAAUCUCUGGAAAGCAGUGCAGAGGACAGUCCAUGUGCACACUGCAGAAGAGAAGCUGCAGAAGAAGUACCUGCACAAGUAAAAGCAACCUUAGAAGAUUCAAAGGCAGUGGAGAGUAAAGAGGAACUAGCAGAAGGGUUAAGUGAAAUAGUAGAGGCUAAUACUGGAUUAAACACACAGUUCAUUGUACGUGAAUUGUCUGUUAUGGGAGAGGAUAGCGAAGGGGAAAAUUGCUUCAACACAGUCUUUGCCCAAAAUAAUGAUAAUGUGAAAAAGGUACAAAUGAAGGAUCAAGACAUGAAGAGAAAUGAUCAGCUUGAAGGAAAUGGUCUGGACUGCAGCGAUGACAUGAAGGAAUCGACAGAUCUUGUAGUCUUUUCCCCACUAAUUGAACAAUGGGAGAACAAUUCUUUUACUAUCAUUUAUGAAGGUGCCCUUCAAACUGAGAACAAAUCUGUCUCAACUGACAAUACACGGACUGGUUUGCUUUCUUCUUCUGAUUUGCCUUCAGAUAAUAUAGAUCAUCUCAUGUGUGAAAGAGCAAAGAAUAACCAUGAGUUAGCAUGUCUUUAUGGGAAGGAUAACAAGUUGAAUGAAGCAACAGAUAGCCGUAGCUCGGAGUCAUUUCUGAGUGUGGAGGCCAAGCGCUAUAGAGUAUAUCCUUUCUCUUUGUCUCCAAUAUAUGAAGAUGACAGCUCCCAAGAAGACUUGCUUUCCACAGACAUGUCGCCGGAAGGCCAUCCUAGUGGAAUAUCUAAAGAUAACACUGACCAUGCUUCUGUGCUUUCCCUUCUGCAGUCAGUUUCUGAGCGCUUACAGUUUACUACUCAGCUCAGUAAAGAGGAGGAGGAGGAGGGAGUGGAGGACGAGGAGGAGGAAGAAUCAUCAUAUGAAGAAAAUAUGUUUGAUGUUGAGAGAGAAGAUGACUGUCUUUCCAGUCAAUGGAGAGGGAAUUUAAAAACAACAUUUCAAUCAAAUGAUCAAAAUAGAUCUUUGUUUCCUGAACAAUCACUUUUUCUUUCAAAAGAACAACUUGACUCUAAGGAGCAACCAGAACUGUUUCCAAAUGCAGCUUCUCCCAGUCAAACACCUUGUAAGCCAGUUUCACAGAAAGCUGAUGCCGCUCUAAAGCGUCCUCCUACAAGUGUGUACUACCAGUAUUUGAAAUCUGCCAACAAUUGCUCUUCUGAGAAGGGGACCAGGUUUGGAAGCAUUCUCCAGGAUAUGUUGCAGCCAAAGAUUCAUUGGUCUCAAGACAACACCAUGCCAAAACUCGGAGAACUGUCAACGAACCUCAUUGACAGGGCAAGUCUCAAAUACAAUCCAAGGCCGGGAAGGAUUAUUAUUUAUGAUAUUUAUGGUGACAAAAGUAAACAAGAGGUUCAUUCGGAUGUGCUAAAUACCACGUCCUGGAUCUUUCCCAUUGGAGCAUUACUUAGGAUAAUUAGAGGAUGUUGGAUUUUUUAUGAGAAACCAAAGUUCCAGGGUCGGAAGUAUGUACUAGAAGAAGGAGAGGCUGUGCUGGAUCAUCUUUGGGAUCUCCCGGGCAUGAAACAUCACCGAAGAAACCUCACAGUUGGUUCAAUCAAACACGUAACAAAGGAUUGUGGCGUUCCAGAGGUAGAGUUCUGCCUGGCAGCUGGUGGUACAGAGGGACUUCCUAUCCACAUACAGAGUGCAGUUGCCAAUUUAGAAGAACUGGAUGUUGAGAAAAACCCUUCUAUAAGAGUCAAAUCAGGAGUAUGGCUUGCUUAUUCAGAUUUUAAUUACAAGGGAGAGAUGAAGGUUUUGGAAGAAUGCGAUUCACCAUCUGAAAUUCCUUCAGCAGAUGUAAAAUCUCUGCGUCCCUUAAAAAUGGGUGGACUAAAGGUACAAAUGCCAAUGAAUGUCAAGAUAAUAAUAUAUGAGAAAACCCACUUUGGAGGAUGGUCCAAAGAGUUUUCAGAAAACAUCAGUUCUGUUCCAGGUCUGUUUGGUAGUGAAGAGGAGUUUCAGGAAAUUGGAUCAAUACGUGUAAUUGGUGGAGUAUGGGUUGGCUAUAAUAAGGAACGCUACAAAGGCCGUCAGUACUUGCUGGAGGAGGGAGAUUAUGAAGACAGACACUCGUGGGGUGGAACUGACAGUGUCCUCCUGUCUUUCCGGUUCCUUCAGGCUGAUUUCAUAGAGUCAUCAGUGGCACUUUUUCAGUCUGAUGAUGAAGAUGGGAAAGCAUUAGACAUCAUCAAUGAAGAAAUCCCUGAUCUGGAGCAGGCUGGAUUUGGCCCAGAGACGAGGUCGAUUCUUGUGAGAAGUGGAGUGUGGGUCGCAUAUCAGCAGAAAUAUUUCUGUGGUGAACAGUAUGUAUUGGAGAAAGGAAAAUAUAAAUGUUUCUUUGACUGGGGAGGAUCUAGUAAAAUCAUCAUGUCAAUUCGACCUAUUAAGUUGGAACCGCUUGGAAUGAAUGAGCCUCCACAUUUGCUCAAAGCUUUCAGUAAUACACAUUUCCAAGGAGCAUGUAUAGAUUUCACAGCAGAAGUUUCUGAUUUUACAUCAUUCAUACCAUGUUCUUUUAAGGUUCUUCGGGGAUGUUGGCUCCUUUAUUACCAAGGGGAAAUGACUGACAAUCACUGUGUGCUGGAAGAAGGCCUCUACGUUGACCUCAGUUCCUGUGGCUGCCCGACUGCUACAAUCAAAUCCCUCAAGCCUAUUCAAUAUGUUUUUGCUGAGCCCUCCAUCAGUCUGUUCGCUCUGGAAUGCUGCAAGGGCAGAGAGCUGCACUUCAGUGAACCCAUCAAUUCUGUUUUGAAUGAGGACCUUCAUUUUUACACUCAGUCUGUAUGGGUGAAAAGUGGAUUGUGGAUUGCGUAUGAAGGAUGUAAUUUUUUAGGAAAGCAGAUUCUGCUGGAGCCCAGUGAGAUUUCAAACUGGAAUGAACACAGUGGCUGGAAAGUAAUUGGCUCCCUUCGUCCUAUGAAGCAGCCAGCAGUGUACCUCAGAGUGAAGAACCGAGCCCAAGGUAAGUAUCUGACAGUGACUGGAAGCCUAGCAGAUAUAAAAGCAACAUCAGUAUGUGCGUCCCCAUAUAAUGGCAAGAAUACCCAGAUCUGGCACUACUGUCGUGGACUCUUCAAAUCCAAGGCUAACAAUGCCUGUCUGGAUGUCAUUGGUGGCAGAGAUGUGCCUGGGGCCAAAGUCGCGCUCUGGGCAGAACAUGGGAAGGACAGGCAAAAGUGGAAACUCAGUGAGGAUGGAACCAUCAGUUCAUACCUCAGUGACCAACUGGUGCUUGACAUUAAAGGGGGAAAUUAUUAUGACAAGAAUCACAUCAUUAUGAAUCAGCCAAUAGACAACAGACGUUCGCAAAAAUGGGAUAUUGAAAUAUUGUGAUUAAAACCCAUCACACAGAUGGACCUCAUGUGGGUUAUUAACAGCUAGAGGGGGAAAAAACUACUGAAGUCACACACCACUGGAACCUUAAGAAGCAACUCCUCUCUACUUGCCUUCAUACCAAGCACCAACUCCUAAAACAACUGAAUCUUGCACAAAUGGAAGAUGGGAGGCUGAUUUAAUGUCUUUCCGCAGGGAAGCUGAGUCUUUAGAGACUGCUCCUAUGAAAGUCACUAUUACUCUUCAUCUGAAGUAUUAGAAGUAAAUGCAAAGGCUAGACAUCAGUUUUGCAGGAAAUGAACUACAAGAGAAUAUGGGAAGGGCUCUUUAGGAAUGUUGUCUUCACCUUCCUCUCAAACUGAUAGAAGCUCACUGAAGAAUGAAUGCACUUGAUGAGCCUGAAGGAGGUCGAGUGGGACUUUUAUGUCCUAAGUGAAACUAUUUAGGCUCCAAGCGAUCCUGAAGCUCAAAUCAUAUCUUGCUAAAAUACGAUUUAUUUUGUUCAAAAAGACAACUUUGAACUGGAAUCGCCAAGCUCAGCAUGUGAAAUGAGGCAAUAGCAAAAGCCUGACUUUCACCCCCCUAAUGUUACUGGUAGGCCAUUGUCUCCAUUUGUUUUAACGGUACCAAAUUUCCAGAUUCAGGAACUGGGUUUGCUGACCCCAUGGCCUGCUUCCAGGUUGUCACUGAAGAUCACCUUUAGCAUGGAGCCCUAUAUGCAUGUAUCAAAAGAGAAUUCAGUCCUGGGUCAGGCUAGACUUCUACAAGGGCUAGCUGCAUUUAGAGCAGUAAUGAUUUUAACUCCACCUGUAUUUUGUUUUGAUGUAUAUAGAUUAAUUUAAUACAAUGUAAUCUGGUCUUGAAACCAUGUCUUCCUUCAGAAAACCAUUCUCCCUAGUAUGGAUUUUCAAAGGUGCUAGCAGCCUGCAUAUCAACACUUGCCUAAUGGUAAAAGAACGGCAUAACUGUGGCUCAUCUCAUCAACAACAUGUACAUCUUGGGCCAAAGGAUAAGGACUUCAGCUCAUGGUCUGGACCUUGGCCUGCCGGUGCUCUCCUCAAUUUCAGCACUAUGCAACCAGCCUACUAGCUAGCACUUGAGGCAGACAGGGCCAAGUACCUUACUGGACUGCAGUUGUUGCAGGCUUUAAAAGCAUGUUCCUGGCUCAAAACUGAAAAUUACAGAAGGAACUGCAGACAGUUGUAGGACUGUGAACAACUGACAUGGAAGAGAAGUCCCUUAGGUCACUGGUAACUUCAUUUGAUUUCAGCAUCACUAAAUUAAUCUACUUCAUUGAAAAUGUAAUAUUUUUCUUCCUUAUUUGUAUAUUCAGGGUAUGUAUUUCUAUAACUAUUUAAAGAGGUUUAGGUUUGCUAAAGACAAGAUAUUUUAGUUUCCAAAAGCUGUAACGAUUCCAGUUGUGCAUUCAAACAGGAUUAAUCCCCAAACACAUAAAAACACAUAACCCUAAGUUUGCCACAGAAAUAAAAUAUAUGGAUGUCUAUUUUUGUAUGAAAUGGAGUUCUAUAUAGUACUAUUUAAAAAAAAAAACCACACUACCUAUUUGCACUUACUCUUUUACAUUCUAAAAUUAUCAUAAAUCUGCUGUUUAAAUCUUCAAAUAUAUGUAUAUAUUUUUCCAAAUAAAGCACUUCUUUAGCUUUUUUUAUGUAAGCCAGUAUAUCAAGUGUGCUACAUGUGACUUGCUUUCCCUAUGAAAUUUUAAAAGCCUGUGUAAAAAGUUCUAGUCUUUUAAACCUAGAAUGACUAAAUCACAUAUGGUGUGUCAGUGUUACAUAACGAAGAAAAGCAGGCUUUUGUACUUAAGAGAUCUUGAAUGUAAAAUGCUAAGCGUGUAUAUUUUAAUUGUAUAAAACUUUUUUUUUUUAGGAGGAA